AUGCCACCUAGCAGGCUCGAGAGCGGAUUGGAUGUCCAGUUGUUCCGCAGGCGGCUUGAAUCCUUCAUCAAGUCUUGGAAGGACGCUGACGGACCUGGUACAGAAAAAUUACAAACAUGCGGAGGCAUCCUGCUGGGUGAAGCUCUCCCGAGGGAGAGGAAUGAACAGUUGCACGUUUUUCUUUUCGGCGACAUCCUGUUCGGAACAUUUAUUUUUAUCACCCACACGAAGAUCACAAUGAUUUGUUCGCCCACGCAAGCAGAAAUCCUGGCUCCUCUGAUCAAGGCCCCCCGUGAUCAAGAGCUCUCAAACUUUGCGUUCAAUGUCGAUGUACAAGUGAUGGAAUGGAGGGCGUUUUUAAAAAGUGCGGGGAAGGAGACGUUACUCAAAAAAGCUGUCGACAUCACAGAUGAGGUCUCCGUGAUGUUAGCGACCAUGCACCCGGAAGAAAUCAAACGUACCGAAAUCGCUUGUCAAAUGAGCCACCAACUUCUGUCACUUAUGUGUGAGCAAAUCAUUGACCUGGUAAAGGGGCGCAAAGAAAUAACCAAUGAAGCAGUUGGAAGAAUGAUUCAGGCAAAACACUAUGAUGGCAGUAUAUGGGAAGAAGCAAACUUUGAACCCAAUGUUGGGGCGGAUCCUAGCAAUCAAUUGUUAAACUUCACUGGAGACUGUCCCAUAGUCCUGAAAAGCAGUAUGGUGUUCAAAUUGUCCCUAGGCUUUCUCAAGAUCAAAGAUCCAUUUGAAAUGGGCAAGAACUACUUGCUUCAUAUUGCCGACACUGUCCUAAUUGGGAAGAAUGGUUCGACGAUUCUAUGCAAUGGAUUAACAGAACCAUCAGGAAUCACGUUUUCGAACAACGCUUCAUCUGAGUCGGAUGCUACGGAAGAAGAGGAUUCAAACAGUGGCAAAAAGGGAUCAAAAGGUUCAGAAAGCGAUCCAUCCGAGCUUAAUCAAACCAAAGAAGAGGAAAAUUUGGGCAACAGUUCCAUAAAGGAUGUCGAAACAAGAUUGAAAAGGUCUGAAAGCUUUGAGGAAGAGCGGGAAAACGCUAAACGUCAAAAACUUCUUACUGCGCCUUUGUUUAACAACCCGGGUCACAUGGGCUCCAAUACGAAAAUCGACAUCGACAUAAGAUUGGCGGCAGUCAGUGAACCGCCUAACCUUACAGCUGGAAGUUGUGCCAACCUAGUCAAUGCCGAUAUUGAAACUUUGAGAAACGGAGGAGGAGCAAUAAAAGCGGAAUCCCCUGACGUUGACGAGAGACUUGACCGGUUAAACAAAGUCAAACAUUCGGUGAUGAAAGUCUUGGGCAAUCUUGAAAAAAGGCUUCAAGAGUUCAAGACAGAAGUCAGGGCAAGUUUUGUGGAGAUGCGAAAAUGGGCAGUCACAGAUAAGCAAACUGACCAGCAGCAUGAAGUGAUACAAGGCGAAGAAAAGAGGGUCAAGAAGAAGAACUGA